GCCACUGCUGCACAGCAGGAAUUGUGAGUUCCAGUGUUAUGGUCGCCUGUCGGCUUCGUCAGUCGUCUUCGUGCUCUUGGUAUGAGAGGAGCGAUGUGGCUUCGGCUGGACGCCUUCUUCGCCGUCGCCGUUUACGUCGCGACGUGUUCGACCAGCGUCCAUGCGGUUCUUCAGCUACCGGACACAACCGGCAUCGACGGGCAUCUCACGGCCAACCAUUCGGUCGAUCACUUCUUCUCCCUGUGGUUGGUCUUCAACAAUGACGAUGUGCAAAUAUCAGACAAACCCUUUACGAUAUUUGCGCCCAAAAAUUCACCAACCAGUCGAGCCGAGAAUCUCCUGCAGCAACCAGAGCUGGUAAAGAGGCUGCUUUUGGACCACGUUAUUCUCUCCAGCAAACUGGAUUUGACCAAUCUGAGCACUUCGGAUGUCUCGCUGCCCACUUUGGGUGGACGAACAGUGACGGUACGAGUGGAUCCUAAGGGGGUCGUUACUGCCAACAACGUUACAGUGCUGGAGAAGAAAAUUGAAGUUCCCAAUGGAAUUCUCGUUAUCGUCGACAGCUAUCUGUUUCCAGACGAGGAGCCCAUAAUGAGGAACGGAUCGGUCCAAUUGCCCUCACCCUCAAUCGGGAAACACGCAAAUAUCAGGCCGCUUUCGGCCGUCCUGGAUCCGAAAGAGGCCGGCAAGAAUCAAUCGAACACGUCGUUUGUGGAGAACGUGAUGGAAGUGCUGUCGUUCCUCAAGAGCCGCGUUAGGGUCUUCCAGCACUUCGUUUCCAGGUCAAAUGUGUCCCGAUUACUCAGAGAAGGUGAAGAAUACACUGUGUUUGUCCCGACCGACCAUGCGUUCCAACGAUGGCACCCCAUCGACUGGGGUUUUUACCCCUUUAGUGUUCCGGAAUUCACCGAGAGCGUAAUCGUUAAUCACUUCGUCAAAGGAAGACUCAAGCAGGAAACUAUCCGGGAUGGCCAAGUGGUGCACACGCUGGGAGGAAAAGAAAUCCUUUUUAAAAGGACUCCCAACUUAACCGUGAACGGAGCGGCGAUAGUAAAAGGAGACACCCCGGUUGAAAAAGGCAAUAUCAUGUUUAUUGGAGAAGUCCUGUUCGUGAGCGAAUCGGUCGUUUCAAAAUUGCACCAACAGCACAGGGACAAAGAAACGCCACCCCUUUUGGCGUUUCCCUGGUUCGGGGCCCAAUUCCUAUCCCAUGCCUUUUUGGCUCUUGAAAGAGACAAGCGAUUCACCCACAUCACCCGUUUUCUGAACUUGGCGGAUUUGGCCCCGCAUGUAUCCGGCGCUGGUUACACCUUCUUUGUGCCGACUGACACCGCUUUUGAGGAAUUGGGUCUAGACAAAAUGCCCGAUAAUUACCUAUCGAACGGGGAGGGUUUGCAGAUUUUGCUCAAUCAUUUUGUAAAAGGCCGGCUCUAUGAUAAGGACCUGAAGAAUGGCACCGUUCUAAUGACGCUGGGAAAUGAGACUUUGCUCGUCAACCGCACGAAAGAUAGCGUGCGUAUCAACGAAGCCCUCAUAGUGGAAAGCGAGGUGUUUGUCUACAAUUUAGGAACGAUGUUCUACAUCGACAAAGUCUUGUACAACACCAUCAAAGUGCCGACAGUACCAAUAGGAGCUAAUUUUAAGACCACGACGGCACCGCCAACGACAAGCUCAGCUUCAACGGCAGCGUCGCUGCAAUUCACUAGAGCUGAAGAUGUGGAAAGCGUCACUGGAGAGCUGAGCGAGGAACAUGAACCGGAGGUGCUGUUUGGAGAUGGAACGCAAGACACCAAUCAGGAAACUGAAUUCACGACAAUGGGGCCGGCCCAGAACGUUUCCUAUCCGAAAUAAGGCGGUUUAUUGUU